AUGGAGACAUUGCAAGAUGGAUCGGAGAGAGAUAAAACAACUCCUCCGUCUUCCUCCUCCUCUUCCUCUCCCAUUCCCGUCGUCACCAGUUUUUGGAAAGAAUUUGAUUUGGAGAAGGAGAAGAGUAUACUUGACGAGCAAAGGCUUAGAAUAGCUGAGAAUCAAGAAAACAGCCAAAAGAAUCGGCGAAAGCUUGCAGAGAGCACCAGGGACUUUAAAAAAGCAUCGCCUGAGGACAAACUUGGUAUGUUUAACUCCUUGCUCAAGGGAUAUCAGGAAGAAGUUGAUAAUAUUACCAAGAGGGCCAAGUUUGGGGAGAAUGCUUUCCUAAACAUUUAUCAGAAACUCUAUGAAGCACCUGAUCCCUUUCCUGCUCUUGCUUCUAUUGCGGAGCAAGAGCGUAAGUUAUCUGAAGUGGAAUCUGAGAAUCAAAAAAUGAAAGUUGAACUUGAAGAAUUUAGGACAGAAGCGACUCAUCUUAAAAAUCAACAGGCCACGAUAAGGAGGCUAGAAGAAAGGAACCGACAGCUUGAGCAGCAGAUGGAAGAAAAGAUCAAGGAGGUUGUUGAGAUCAAGCAACGAAACCUGGCUGAGGAAAAUCAGAAAACGCUGGAGCUUUUAAAGGAUAGGGAGCAAGCUUUGCAAGAUCAGUAA